GUGGGCGACGCCGGCAACGACACGCAGUGCGGGGAGCAGAUCCUGAGCUACGGCAACGUGGAGAAAGUGGUGAUCGGGGCCAUCCUGUCGCUCAUCACCCUGCUGACCAUCGCCGGCAACUGCCUGGUGGUGAUCUCCGUCUGCUUCGUCAAGAAGCUCCGGCAGCCCUCCAACUAUCUCAUUGUCUCGCUGGCCUUGGCCGACCUGUCGGUGGCCGUGGCCGUCAUGCCCUUUGUCAGCGUGACGGACCUCAUCGGCGGCGAGUGGAUCUUCGGCGGCGUCUUCUGCAAUGUGUUCAUCGCCAUGGACGUGAUGUGCUGCACCGCCUCCAUCAUGACCCUCUGCGUGAUCAGCAUCGACAGGUACCUUGGCAUUACUAGACCUCUCACCUAUCCCGUAAGGCAAAAUGGGAAGUGUAUGGCUAAAAUGAUCCUUUGUGUGUGGCUGCUGUCAGCUUCCAUUACAUUGCCACCUCUCUUUGGCUGGGCUCAAAAUAUAAGUGACGACAAAGUUUGCUUGAUCAGCCAAGACUUCGGGUACACCAUUUAUUCCACAGCUGUGGCAUUUUAUAUCCCCAUGUCGGUGAUGCUUUUCAUGUACUAUCAGAUCUACAAGGCUGCCAAGAAGAGUGCAGCCAAACACAAGUUUACAGGAUUCCCACGCCCUGAAGAAAAUGAAGGGGUGAUGUCUGCCAAUGGCAUUGUGAAGCUGCACAAGGAAUCGGAAGACUGCACCAAUUUUUCACGGCUGCUGAAGCAUGAGCGGAAGAACAUUUCCAUUUUCAAAAGGGAGCAGAAGGCAGCCACCACUCUGGGAAUUAUCGUAGGGGCUUUUACCGUGUGCUGGCUGCCAUUUUUCAUACUCUCCACGGCUAGACCAUUUAUCUGUGGGACGUCUUGCAGCUGUAUCCCACUGUGGGUGGAGAGGACAUUUCUGUGGCUGGGUUAUGCAAACUCUCUUAUUAACCCAUUUAUAUAUGCCUUCUUCAACCGGGACCUGAGGACAACCUAUCGCAAUCUGCUGCAGUGCAGAUAUAGGAAUAUCAACCGUAAGCUAUCAGCUGCAGGCAUGCAUGAGGCCCUGAAGCUUGCCGAGAAGCCCGAGUUUGUUCUGAGGAGCUCUGAUUACUCAAGAAAAAAGAGCCAUGACUUAUAGCUGAACAAGAUAUAUACAGACCAAGGCCCGAUGGACAGACAACCAUGCUGAAGACCCUGUCAGCCAGGAGGAACACGAGUUAAUGAAAUGCAUCUCAUCCACUUCUGAAGGAAUGUUGUAAAGAAAGUCAGUGAGCUUGGCUAACUGUAUUAAAUGUAUUUCCCCCAAUUACAGUGACAUCUCUUCUACUCUGUUUCCCUUCGUACCCCUCCCAUUUUAAAAAGAGGAACAGAUAUCCACUGUGUAUAAAUACAUAUUUUUCUUGGUUUGGAAAGGGCAAAAUGGGCAUUGUCAAGUAGUAUUUUGGCACAUUAACUGGUGAGGGAUACCUGGAGAGGGCAAUUGUGUGCUUUUUCCAUGAACCCACUGGCUUUGCAAGGUGUCUAAGCUAACUUUUUUGUGCCCCCGUUUUAACCUUCUUGAAAGAGUAGGCACAAUUUUAGCACGGACAUCAAAUUUUCCUCACAAGAAGACAUUGUUGAGAAGUAUGUCUAGGGAUGAGUGAAUUUCAGUUUCCACAUUUGAUAUUUAAAGAAAAAGAAAAAAAGGGGGUCUUUGUGCCCCAUUUAUAAAGGAAUUCCCACAUUCCAUUCAGUUCUUACAAAAAUAAUAAACUGAUCAAAAUCCACACUCAUCUGAACAAGUCAAAUUUAAUUGGUUCAAUGUUCCUAGCAUACCAAGGACCAUUUUGUCUGCCAUUUAUGUUUUAGAGAUGAGGAUCUUCUCUAAAAAUGGGGUGGCAACUUUAAUUUUUAAAUCAGUAACAUUGUUUAAAUACACACAGAGAAUCAGAUUUAAACUUUGAAUGAGAUCAGAAGGGCUCUCGGUCUGGCUAGACAAAUCCAUCUAUUAUGCUUUUUCUCAUGUUUAAAAUUCUUUAAAAUUCUUUGCACCAUGUUUAUGAAGAAAUAUGCAAGUUCUGGUAAUUUUCAUGGAAAAAAAUGAACGAUUUUAUCACCCGUUACUAAAUAGACUUGGUAAAUGCAGUAGACUGUAGGGAGGAUCUGCAACAUUUCUUUCUGUAAGUUACAGAAGCCAUUAGGUUGAAGUUAUUGAAUAACUUUUUUUAAACAAAGACAAGAAAGACCAAGAAUAACAAUGCAUCUUCACUUAACUUUCUAUCUUUUUUCUCUUAGCCUUUUGCUCACUUUCUUUCAGAUUUAACAUCACAUAAACAUUCCAGGGACAACAAGCCAGGAGGAAGCUUUGGGCUAUUUUCAUAUAUUCGUUUCCAUACCUUUGAGAACAAUAUAUGACCAUUCAAGAGGCAGUGCAGGUACUCAAUGUCAACGAGUAAAUACAUAUUUUUCAAACAAAUGAUGUUAAAUAUGAGAAUGCUUUCUACUACCUUAUGACAAAUGUUCUGGCCCCAGUCCAGAGGAUGUUAGCUACUCUCUAUCACACUGACAUAAUGGGAGUUAUGUCAACCCUAAGCGUGGGUAUUAGAAGGACAUCCAAUUAUAUCAGGGCUGAACUAAGUUGAAAGGGCAAGGACCAUUUGUCCUUUGGGAAUGGCCAGGAGCUUUGCUUCCACUUUUUGUUGGGAAGCGAAGCACAUUAUUUAUAGAAGAAUCAGAAUCCGAACAAUAUUCAACUGCAGAGAGAGGUUUUCUACUAAAACAGCACACAUAGGAAACCUCACCUGCAGUCAUUCUGGACUAUUAACAAGCUGCUAGUAGCUUUGCAGAAGUUUACAGCUUUGAGUCUUAUUAUGUUAUGGAGCAUGGAACAGAAAGAAAGAAGACCUAUGAAUUAAUAAUAUAAGAGAGAUUGCUAGUUGUUGUUGCUCUUUUUAGCUUAUCCUCAAAUGAAAAUGGCAAAACAAGUGAUUUAUGAUGUUAACUGUCUUAGAUGGCUUUAUGAGGAGAGAAUUCCUGAGGGAAGCAUCCAUCAAUAGUUCCAUGAGUUUUACCGAGUGACAGCAACAAUGAAACCUCCAUGUUUAGUGGCAGUGCGUCUGAAAAUAACAUGAUGGGGACAAGAAAAUGUGCAGAUGAUGGAUAUAACUUUGGGAUAUGCUAGAUAAGUGGUAUUUAGUGUAGAUUCUAGGUACAGGGCACACAAUAUCUCCUAUGGUGAGGACUGACAUCAUCCUAUCUGGAAAUCUCGGCCAGUCCUAACUGUAAAGUUCUCCCUAAGCCUAUUCACCCACAAUCCCAAGAUGAAGAGAUUUUUAAAAACACCACUUUUCAAAGACACAGUGUAACCAUACAUGUUUUAUAGACUUAUUUAUUUAUUUAUUAAAAUAUAUCUGUCAUUCUGAGCCCACAAUGAUGUCCAACAAAAUCUUCUCUUAUGGUGUGAUUACUUAAGGUUCAGGAACACUUUCAGCAUCAGUAUUUAACCAGCACAUGUAUAGUGUUGAAGUGGAGAGAGGAAGAUGGGUGCUAUUCUUCAGGUAUUGCUUAGGAAGGCCUAAAAAUGUUGGUGCAAACACACCUGGCUGAGUUGCUUAGAUUGCUUCCAUGUUUUUUGCCUCCCUGGGAAGGGAGAAGAAAGACAUGUGUAGCACCUUAAGGACUAGCAUAUUUAUUUUCGCAUGGAUUUUCCAUGGUUUAUGUUCCAUGUACUUCCUCAGAAGCUGGUUUGAUUCAAGCUUUAGCGCAAUUAACAUCCUUUGCCUUGGUGCCAGGAUUUAGCUGGUUUAGAAGAAGCAGAAGGACAAAACAUGUCAUGUCUUGGCCAAAAGAGGUCAUCAUGCAUUGCUAAGUCAUAAUAUCUUCUCUGAUUGUUAGUCUUGGAUGUAGAAGAUGGCAUCCAAGGUGAGGGUGAACCACGGAAAGAAAAUUACAGGGCUAUAUCUAACCAGUUACUGUGACAGAAUAAGGAGAUUAAAGAUGUAUUCCACAAAUCUACAGUAUUAAUUCAUUGUGUCUGCUCUCUUAUUUUAAUGCCGUUUGAGGGUGUACCAAAAUUGUAUUAAUAAAUUAUAUGGAUGGUAGUAAGAUAUCAGCAGCUUUUCAUGUAUUGUGUGUUUCUUGUUCUUUUUGUGUGUGACAGUCUCCUUUCCACUUAUGAAGAAAUCGGUGACCUGGAGCUUCCUAUAGCAAAAGAGCAUGUUUGUUCUUGUCAGGCAGACAGAUGAGUGUCAGUGUUGAAAGUUAACAGGAACUUCUCUGUGUUUUGUUAUCAAUGUCGGUGACUAUCAU